UGCCUCCCCUGUCCCUCUCUCCACCCCUGCCUCCCCCUGUUCCUCUCAGCCUGUAAUUGCGACCCAAUGGGUUCCAGCUCCAUGCAGUGCCACAAGAACGGCACCUGUCCCUGCCGCCAGGGCUUCGUGGGGUACAGGUGUGACCAAUGUGAGCUCAACUACUUCCACAACAGAGCCACACACCAGUGUGAGGGGUGCCACGUCUGCUAUGGGCUAGCCAAGGAGCAGCCUGUAAUUGCGACCCAAUGGGUUCCAGCUCCAUGCAGUGCCACAAGAACGGCACCUGUCCCUGCCGCCAGGGCUUCGUGGGGUACAGGUGUGACCAAUGUGAGCUCAACUACUUCCACAACAGAGUCACACACCAGUGUGAGGGGUGCCACGUCUGCUAUGGGCUAGCCAAGGAGCAGGCAGGGAGGCUGAAGGCUCGGCUGCAGGAUUUGGAGAAUCUCCUAGCACGCUUCGACUGCCGGAGGGGCUACGGGAACCACCAUCAUGUGCGGGAGUAUCACAUGCGACAGCUUCACAAGCGACAGCAUUACGAGCGUGGGCAUCAGGGGGAGGACAGCCUGCCCAAUGCGCUGGAGAACUUCCUGGCUAUCCAAGAGGCAAAGGAAGCCUUGGUUAAACAGUUUGCUCUCAUGGAGACGUCUACACACACUCUCUCAGCCCAGCUGCACAAUGUUACCCCAGCUAUGAACUGUAGUGCCAGCAUGGAAGAAGAGCAGGAGGAGGAGAAAAAGGAGAAGGGGAAGGAGGACGGGCGGAGAACAUUGUGUAGUACCCUUGGUGACACUCUAUCAGUGGUCAGAAGUGCACAGACACAGCUGAAGCAGGCAACACUGGACCUGGACAACAUGGUCAUUCCUUUCGAGGUGCCACCGGUGCCCAACCGAUGGAACUCAGCGGUGAACCAAUCAGAGGUCCUUAUGAAAAGCCACACAGAGAUGUCUGGUCAUAUAGAGUCUAUAGCUACCAAGGCAUUCAUGGCUUCCAACCAGACCUAUUCUCUACUGAUGGACCUACUGGAGGACAACUCUACAAAGGAAUACAUCAGCAACCUCACAGAGCAACUGGCAGACAUGCAGCAGAUAAAGGAGAAUCUGACUACCCAAGUGAAUAGGACUCUAGCCAAUAAAUUGUCUCUGGAGGAGGAGUCUGCUGAUGUCUUGGUUGCCCUAGGAAACCUCACCUUCUCCCUAUUGGAGCUGUCCCAGAGGAGGACCAAAUCCACAUCAGGAACCAACCAAUUAGAUCUCAGACCAACACAGGGUUACAUCCAAUCAGACCCCAGCCUCGCACCGGCUGCCAAUCAAUCAGAGGAUGUUGAGCUAAGCAACAGGACAGCUGAGCUGGCGUUUAAUGUCCAGUCUAAAGAUGAGCUGGUCAAUAAGAUCAGAGAGGAGAUGGAGCCUCGCAUACAGACCGCUCACAACAACAUGGCUGCUGUAAAGGAUAUUUACAAGCUGACAGCUCAUGCCCAGGGGUCAAAGGUCCUGGCCCUGUCAUCGGUGGUGACAGGGAAAGAAAUGGAGUCAGAGGUCAUCGCCCUGCGGAGAGAACUGGAAGACAUGCAGAGAGAGUGGUCUCGAAGGCUGGUCCAGACCAAGGCUGCUCUGAAGAAGGAGACGCUGCUGAGGGAGAAGGUUUUAGAAGACAUCAAUAAGAAGGUGAACCAGACAGAGAGAGUCCUGAGGCCUGCCCUGGAUAACGCUACCCUCUCCAACGCUACUGCAGGACAGGCAGAACACACUGCACACUCCCUGUCUAAAGAGGCCAAGGCCACCCUGACCAAGGCCAAGCAUGCAAGGACAGCGUCUGCUCAGCUCCUCUGUGGACACAGCCAUGCAGCAGCUGGCUGAGCUGGAGAACCACACUGCCCAGGCACAAGCUCA